AUGGAGCUGGACGUGGACUACGAGCGGCCCAACGUGGAGACGCUCAAGUGCGUGGUGGUGGGCGACAACGCGGCGGGCAAGACGCGGCUCAUCUGCGCGCGGGCCUGCAACGCCACCCUCUCGCAGUACCAGCUGCUCGCCACCCACGUGCCCACCGUCUGGGCCAUCGACCAGUACCGCGUCUGCCAGGAGGUGCUGGAGCGCUCGCGGGACGUGGUGGACGAAGUCAGCGUCUCGCUGCGCCUUUGGGACACCUUCGGCGACCACCACAAGGACCGGCGCUUCGCCUACGGCAGGUCUGACGUGGUGGUUCUCUGCUUCUCCUUGGCCAACCCCAACUCUCUGCGGCACGUGAAGACCAUGUGGUACCCCGAGAUCAAGCACUUCUGCCCGCGCACGCCCAUCGUGCUGGUCGGCUGCCAGCUGGACCUCCGCUACGCAGACCUGGAGGCCGUGAACCGCGCACGCAGGCCCUUGGCCAAGCCCAUCAAGCCGUCGGACAUCCUGCCUCCCGAGUGUGGCCACGAGGUGGCCAAGGAGCUGGGCAUCCCCUACUACGAGACCAGCGUGGUGGCCCAGUUUGGCAUCAAGGACGUCUUCGACAACGCCAUCCGGGCCGCUCUGAUCUCGCGCCGCCACUUGCAGUUCUGGAAGUCUCACCUCAAGAAGGUGCAGCGGCCCCUGCUACAGGCCCCCUUCCUCCCCCCCAAGCCACCCCCGCCCGUCAUCCGCAUCCCAGAGCCCACCCCCGAGGAAGGCCGGGGCCCCGGCAGCCUCUUCCAGGAGCCCCUUUGUGCCGACGUGGUGUUCUGCCUGCAGGGCGGGCACCAGGUCUUUGCCCACCGCGUGUACCUGGCGACCUCCUGCUCCAAGUUCUACGACCUCUUCACACUGGAGGCGGGGGAAGCCGCAGGUGCGAAGGAGCCGGCCAGCAGGACUAAGAGCCUGGAUUCCGAAAAGCGCUCUCUGGGAGUGGCGGCCGCCUCCUCCCUGCGGGCCUCCCAGAGCGACGACCCUCUGCGCCUGGCUCAGUCGCCCCGGGAGCUGUCCGGCUGGGGCCGGGGGUUCGUCAGCAUGUGCCAAGAGGAGGUGCGCGACCCGGUCACGCAACAGGAGAAGCCCAUGACAGCGGUGUACCUGGACGGGCUGGUGCAGCCGAGCCCCUUCCGAGCCGUGCUGGAGUACCUGUACACGGGGCACCUGGACCAGCACCGGGCUGACCUGAUGCAGGUGGCUGCCAUCGCUGAGCUGCUGGAGGUCUUUGACCUGCGCAUGAUGGUGGCCAACAUUCUAAACAAGGAGAGCUUCAUGAACCGCGAGAUCACCAAGGCCUUCCACGUGCGCCGGGCCAACCGCAUCAAGGAGUUCCUGAGCAAAGGCACCUUUGCAGACGUGACGUUUGUGGUGGACAACGGCUCCCUGCUCGCCCACAAGUCGCUGCUGCUGGCCGGCUGCGACUUCAUGGUGGCCAUGUUCGGCAGCACCUUCCGCGAGAGCCGCGCGGCUGAGGUCUCCCUGCCAGGCACGAACCGCGCUUGCCUGCUGGCGGUGCUGGAGUUCCUCUACACGGGGCUCUUUGUCCCCAGUGCAGACCUGGAUGCCACGGAGCUGCUGGUGCUGACCGACCGCCUGUGCCUGAGCCGCUUGCAGGCCCUGACCGAGCAGUAUGCAGUGGACGAGCUAAUCCAGGCCAGCCUCCAGCAGGUGGAGAUUGACGUGCAAGUAAUCCUCUACCUGGAGAUGAUGCAGUUCCACAAUGCCCGCCAGUUGGCUGCCUGGUGCCUCCACUAUAUCUGCACCAACUACAACAGCGUUUGCCGCCGCUUCCCCCGUGAGAUGAAGUAUAUGUCGGCAGAAAACCAGGCCCACUUUGAGCGCCACCGCUGGCCCCCGGUCUGGUACCUGAAGGAGGAGGACCGCUACCUGCGCUCGCAAAAGGAGCGGGAGCUGGAGGAGGAGGCCGUGCGGAAACAGCACCCGCGCAGCAAAUGGUGCUUCUGGCGCCCCCAUCAGGCCAGCCACAUCUCCUGAGCACCCCCUGCGCCCUCCCCGCCUGGCAGGAA